CAGCAAGCGACUUUUAUGCUGUUAUUAUUACUCAGCAAGGAAGAGAAAAGAUACCAUUACCAGGUCAACUAUGGACAUUGGCUUCAACCCUUCUUCCAUUUUUAGGAAUAGAGGAAAUACAUGCUCUCAAGUUGAUGCAUGUCUUUGCCAGUGAGAGUCUACGUGCGAUCUGUCAUCGCCUCUCAGAAUUAGAAAUAAAGAAACUUGAGGACGCGGAGGCCCUAGGCAAAGCACUCACCAGAGCAAUUGAGAAUGGCAAUUAUCAUUUUUUUUAUGAAAUUAUCAAAGCCAAUACAGACUCUCUUAUUGCACCUUAUGAUCUGGUGCUUGUGAGGUCGCUUGUGAUUAAGAGGAAAAACUUUCUCAUGGAUGCUAUUGCGUUUCGCGAGGAGAAAAUUGCUCGCCUUAUCCAUACAUUCCCUCUCGGCCAGUUAUUUAUCACUUUAGUGGAUUCAAAUGAAAACAACGUGUUACAUAUUGCAGGUCAAUUGGCUCCUAAUCUUCAACUUUCUCGCAUUUCUGGUGCUGCUCUACAAAUGCAAAGAGAGAUACAAUGGUUCAAGGAGGUUGAAAGACAUGUUGGACAGUAUCAUAAAGAUGCUAAAAACAAUAAUGGUGAAACUGCUUACCAAGUUUUUGCUAGAGAGCACAAGGGUUUGCUUAAAGAAGCAGAGGAUUGGAUGAAAGGAUUAGCAAAUUCAUAUAUAGUUGUUGGCGCUCUCAUCAUCACCAUAAUGGUCGCAGCAGCUUUCACCCUUCCUGGGGGUAACAAUCAGAAUGAGGGCUCUCCAAUGUUCAAAGACAAACCAGCAUUUAUUGUAUACAUAAUAUCCGAUGCAAUCUCUCUUUUUGCUGCAGCGGCCUCAAUAUUAAUAUUUUUGGGAUUUCACACGGCACGUUACAACAUGGAAGAUUUCAACAAAUCUAUUCCUAAUAAGUUGAUGGGUGGGCUUUCUACAUUGUUUAUAUCUCUUGCAGCAAUGAUGGUAGCAUUUUGCUCGGCUAUCUUUCUCAUGAUAGAAAACCGAUCGUGGAUUAUCAUUCCAUCUGUGUUGCUUGCAGGCAUUCCAAUCAGCUUGUUUGCGUGGUUGCAGUUUCCUUUUCUGGUUGAAAUUUAUGUUUUGACUUACAGAUCACCAAUUUUCAAGGAGAAAACAUCCUUGGCAAGCAAAAUAAAAGCGCUCUUCUGUUGGAAAGAGAAGAUUGAGUAGGUCUAGAUGAGGCUUUGUUUUAUGUUUGUCUUUGUUGCUACUUCGACUACAGCAACUUCUAAGGUCACCUUGUUAUGCUUGAGUAGAUCCAGAUGAGUCUUUGUUUGACUUAUGUUUUAUGCUUCGUUGUAAGUGAACUUUAAUUUUAUGUCCACUUUUGUUAUGGAACAGAAUUCUUGUGGUGUCUAAUUUUUCUGA